AUGUCCAUUGACCAGAAAGAACCGUCCAAGGAAAGCACACCUGCGGACUCCAAGGUGUCGACGCCUGACGAUGAGCACAGCCCAUCUGCACCGCAAGAGGCGCAACCCGCCAAGCGCAAAGGCGGGCGCAAACCUAUCUACGCGACCUCAGAGGAGAGGAAGCAGAGGAACCGUCAGGCCCAAGCUGCCUUUCGGGAACGACGGACAGAAUAUAUCAAACAGCUCGAGGAGACCAUCAGGGUCCAUGAGUCUAACCUGUCCAACCUGCAAGCCGCUCACCGCAGUGCUGCGGAUGAAUGCUUGAUGCUGCGGUAUAAGAACUCGCUGUUGGAACGAAUUCUCUUGGAGAAAGGCAUCGACGUCCAAGCGGAGCUUCAGGCCAAGACGGGUAGCCCAAACCUUGGUCCUACACACAUGCCACAGAAUAUGGUUCAACCGCCACCCAUCCAGAGAGCCAUCUUGAACAGACACCACCACUCGCGCAGAUCUGCUUCCAGCAUCGCGCCCAAGAUGGAGCCAGGUGCCGGUUCUAUGCCACCAUCAAUCCACGGCCUACAGACUGUAACAUCGCCGAAGUCGCGGCCGACGCCGCCCUCGCAUGCCAACUCUCCUACCAACCCCAACCCAGGAUUUGGAGCUUCGGCCGUUUCGCCGAACACCAGCGAAGCUCCUAACAUGAGACCAGGCGUUCCUCAACCGAUGAGGCACCUGCCUCCAAUGCAGGGACCCGUUGCCGCGGCGGCAGCGCGACAGCAGAUGAUGCAGCAUGGCCAGAGUGCUUAUUCCGUGAGUACAGAACAGGAGUACGAUGCUCCAAACGACAUGAUCGACGACGUGGAGCCCGAGACUCCUGGCCCCGGCCCGUAUCCGACCCAAUUCGCCGGAGGCCAGCAACCAAACAUGCCAAUGCAGCCGGGAACGACUGGUCCACCGGCUCAGCAUGCGAUGGCGGAGGAACAAGAGUCUGGCCAGACAUCAGGCCAAGGUUAUCCGUCCAUGACUCAACUACUAGAUCCGGCACUGGACUGGGAUCCUUUUGGCCUGAGUGCCUCGAUGGCUUUCCCGACGCAGUUCUCCUUCGACACGAGCAGUAUGCGAUGA